AUGGCCCUUCGUCUGGCCGCCCUCCCCGCGUCCCUUCGCUUGUCCCUCUCCACCCCCGCACAUUUUCAGCGAAUACGCUACGCGUCCCGCUGGGCUCAAGACCAUUCCUUCUCAACCUUCUUCACUCGCGCGCCCUUGUACUCACGCGUCUCAAUCAGGAGAUCUGCCUUGUGGCUUGUCCCGGUAGCCGGAGGCCUCGGUUUCCUACUCCUACCAGGGCCUCCGUCGUUGCUUCCUCACGUCUUCGCCUCACCCACCCUCAUCCCAUGCUCGGACCGCUCAUCGUCCUCCCAGCCAUGUGACGACUCUCUCGCCGAACGGGAACCAUCGGUCCUCAAGAGAACUCUAUGUAUGCUGCGAGAUAAUGUCUGGGAGUCCAUCCUGACCGCCCGUCGUUUCGUCCACUUGUUCAUCCUGUUUUUUCCCGUCAUCCUUUCAUCACCGAUCCUGCUUAUUGGGUCUCCCGAGAAAAGACUAAAAGGAGAAAAAUGGGGCGCUUUGUGGUGGUAUGAUUUUUUGGUCGUUCAAAUGGAGCGUGCGGGUCCGACGUUUGUUAAGUUGGCCCAGUGGGCGGCAUCUCGUGCGGACCUGUUCCCUAAUGCACUCUGUAGUCGACUUGGGAAGCUGCACUCACGAGGCACCCCGCAUUCAUUGGCACACACGAAGCGAAUCAUCGAGCGCGCGUUCCAACGACCGUUCGAGGAGGUCUUUGAGGAGUUCGAUGAAACACCCAUAGGCACGGGGGCAGUUGCGCAGGUGUACCGAGCGACUCUCAAACAAGACCUUCUUCCUCCGUCCUACUUCGAGCCCAAACGUACGCCGAAAUCCGGACCAGGCGCAAUUGCGCCUGCGAUCAUUCCUGAGUCCACGCCCUCCGUACCCACCGCCAGCGUCGCGAUCAAGGUCCUUCAUCCACGCGUCACCAAGCUGAUUGCGCGCGACCUCGCGAUCAUGUCAAUGUUUGCGCACAUCAUCACUCUCUUCCCUGGCAUGCACUGGGUGUCCCUUCCAGAGGAGGUCGAGGUGUUCGGCCGCAUGAUGUACGAGCAAGUCGAUCUACGGCAUGAGGCGGACAACCUUAUCACGUUUGAGGAUAACUUCUUGACAAGAAAGGCGCCUAUCACGUUCCCGAGACCCUUGCGGACGUGGUCGACCAAGGAUCUGCUGGUGGAAGAAUAUCAAAAAGCCCUGCCUCUCGAAACAUUUCUAAGAAAUGGCGGUGGGCCUUAUGACGACCAGCUUGCGGAACUCGGUCUCGACGCGUUUUUGAACAUGUUGCUGUUAGACAAUUUCGUUCACUCUGACCUGCACCCCGGAAAUAUCAUGGUCAAGUUCACUAAACCAUCUAAUUCUGCGCUCGAGAUCUUGAAGAAUCUUUGGACUUCUUCAUUCACCAAGGACAAAAUUAUGCUACCGCCUAAUACUAACGCCAGCGACUGCGAUGACAUCGUCACGCGUCUCAGGGCUCUUUCCUCAUCUCCUCAGGCUUGGCAGCACGAGCUCCGGAUGCUCAACGAAGAGGGUUACCUCCCUGAGCUCGUCUUCAUCGAUGCUGGCCUCAUCACGACGCUCGAUGCACAGAACCGCCGCAACUUCCUGGACCUCUUCCGCGCGGUCGCCGAGUUCGACGGCUAUCGCACGGGGCAGCUGAUGGUCGAGCGCUGCCGCACGCCUGAGCUCGCCAUCGACACGGAAACGUUCGCGCUCAAGAUGCAGCACAUCGUGUUGAACGUCAAGCGCAAGACGUUCUCGCUCGGGCAGAUUAAGAUCUCGGACAUCCUGACGGACGUGCUCAAGGCCGUGCGGCAGCACCAUGUCAAGAUGGAGGGCGACUUUAUCAACACGGUCAUUUCGAUACUGCUGUUGGAGGGGAUUGGGCGACAGUUGGAUCCUGGGUUGGACUUGUUCAAGAGUGCGUUGCCGAUCUUGAGGCAGUUGGGGAGGCAGAUGACGGCGCAGGAGAGCAUGAGGCAGCUCCCGACGGGGAACUUUGGCGCCUUGUUGAAGGUCUGGGUGUGGCUCGAGGCGCGUGAGCUGGCUUCCGCGGCGUUCGUGAACGCGGACGACCUUGUUCGGUACGACUGGUAA